CUCCCCGUGCAGGGCAAGAAAAGCAAUCUCGGUUCGGUUCCACGGCUGCCAUCAUUCCUUCGGCCUGCUGUCCUCAAGACCAAGAGCUAGCUGGUUCAACCAUGUUGACAUAGUACGGUCUGUCGAAAUGGCCUUUCAGACGAACGUCUUCAGGAAUGGAGCCUGGGUGACGGAAACCAUCGACCUCCAAGCUGUGCUAAGGGGCUCAACCGCCACUGCUGCCGCCGCUGCACCCCCUUCACCCCCUGCCCCUCCAAAUUGCGGCAUCCUGACGAGAACCAUCAUCGAGAGUCCUAUAGCCCGGUGGGUUCUCCCAGCUCGCCUCAGAUCAGCCCAUCAUAACGAUGUCGCUUUCGUCGGGGACCGUUACGUGAGCAUCAACGAGUUGCGCAAGGAUGGCCAGCUCCAAGAGGUUCUUCGAAAAAACGACUUCGGCUGCCGCAUCCGAAACGCCUUAGUGAUUGGAAACAAGUAUGAGCACUUCCGUGUCGUGGCUGAAGAAGCUGGACCCGACCAUAUCAAAAGUGAAGACGAGGACGACGACACUCAAAUGGCUGACAUCAGCUCCGCUUCCGCCACCAGCGGUCCCCAUGGUCUUUUGCCACCACAUUUGUUACUCCUGAUCCUCGAGUCCGGUUCCUUCGUUUUCCUCUUCAUCAGGAGGGACCUUCAAGGAAAGCUAGAGUUCGUCGCGUCGCCCUUCCACAACCCAGCCAGGCGACUAGGCCGCCUAGGAUUCCAUGUAGCCGUUGAUCCUCGAUCUCGCUACAUUGCUGUUGCUGACGCUCAAAACAAAUUCGUCGUCUAUGAACUCGAAUCCAUGGAGUCAAUGGGCGACCAAUAUAUGCGUCACAAGUCCAUCAACCCAAUAAAGACACACCAUCCAAGGGCAAUCCAGGGGACAAUACUCAAAAUGGAGUUUCUCUAUCCCCGCCCAGAGGAUGAACAGCAUGUUAUUCUCCUUCUCAUCGUUGUCAAAGGCGACAAAUCAAAGAUGGUUAUCUACGAAUGGGAACGUGGGGAUGACCUCAGCCAGGUACUCGCAGAGGAGAAGCGUGGCCACCGCAUAGCACCCGAGCAUCGUCUGCCACUCUUGAUAAUUCCUUUGACAGUUAGAAGCUCCUUCUUUGCGGUAUCCGAGCACGCGCUUGGGAUCUGCAAGGACCCCCUUCAGGGCCCUCCUGAUAUCGAGACGAUCAACCCGAUCAGCCACCCCACCACCCCUUUCCACCAUGGAACUGGUGUGCCACUCUGGACGGCAUGGGACAGGCCAGUACGAAGACGACGCUACUACGACACAAAAGACCUCAUUUACAUGGCUCGGGAGGACGGCGUGAUUGUUUUCUUUGAGUUUAAUGCCACAGACAUCCUUAGCGCCGCCAUGAAUGUUGGCAACUGCAACUGCAAUAUUUCCACCGCCUUCACCACAAUGUACGACGCCUACUCCGAUGUUGCUAUAGUUGCAGGCGAUUCCGGCCCCGGAAUGGUCUUCCAGCUCAAACCUCGAGAACCCCUCGUCGAGCUUGGAAUCAUCCCCAACUGGUCGUGUGCUGUUGAUUUUGUCACCACGGAUGCUCUAGCCACAUGGAACCCGAAGAGCGGGUCACGGGGCAAACCAGUCGUGCCCUGGCGACAACGGACAUUAGAUAACAUAACAUCUCCAGACAAGGUCCUUUGCGCAUCAGGAAAUGGUCCUCAAGGCAGCAUCACGGAACUCCGCUACGGGCUUCCCGCCAACAUAAUAUCGUACUUUGAACCGCUACCCACGAGAAGAGUAUGGGUAUUCCGGACCACCGAUGCCAGCUGGCCAUACCAAAUGUUGAUGGCAAGCCCUGGAACCUCGGAUGUUUUGCUGGUAUCCGCCGACCUCUCUCUUGCGGAGAUGGCUGACUCAAUGUCAACCCAAUUCGACACGGCAUCCCGAACUCUUGCAGCAGCACAAAGACCAGACGGAACCAUGAUUCAGGUAUCCGAGAAAUACAUCACACUGAUAAGCCGAAACCACAGUUCGAGACAUAACCUCGAUGACUUCACCUGCAUCGGCGGAGUAACGGAGCAUGCUGCGGUCAGAGGUGAUCGUGUUUGUGUGUCAACCUAUGCAGAGUCUCGCUUUCACAUCCACGCAUUCCUUACUAGCAUCGCUGAGCUGUCUCUCACUCAGACAUAUGCCGUCGAUGGUGAGGUGACUUGUCUAAUACUCUGCUGUAUCAAUGGACAAGAAUGCAUAGCGGCUGGCUUAUGGCGUCAGAACAGCCCUUGGUUAGCAAUUUUUACUGCUGAUAAGUCGACUCAAGCUCCUCAAUUGAUACGGCUCGAUGGCGAUGACGAGGGACUCGAGUCAAACGAUGGGGAUGCAAUGGAAAUAGCACCGACCGUUGAGCUUGUCAAUACUAUUGUGGCGAUAACUGAGUCAAAGCAGCAAACGAGUCUGGUUAUGGGAACUCGCAGCGGCCACCUGAUCACAGUUCAACUCAAUGGCGCCGCUCCCUUUCAUCGACGUCUGUUUAGGGAGAGGCUGGGUACAGUCGCUCUUGAGGUGUUUCCUGUCGACGCGCCGUUUCUCCCAAGCUCGGUCUUGGUAUGCUGCAACGACGCUCUGCUUCUGCUGAGAGACUUCGAGACCAGGCGGCCAGGCCACUUCGCCACCAGGCACCGCGUGUGGGUAACUGACCUAAAGCAUCCGGCAACAGGUUCAGUACCGGUUAUCUCCGCCGCCAGCAUACCAACCGACCUCGGCGGCAGCAAUCGAUUACCCCUGGUUCUCCUUUCAGGGGAACGUAUGUCGUUCACGGAGCUGUAUCUGAAAGCUGGCCCGGUUCCAAAAAGUCUGCCGUUGCCCGGAACACCCUCCAAGUUGCUGUACUCCCAAACGCUACAGUGUUUGGUUGUCGCAGUCCAGAUCGGACAACAUCCGACCAUCCUGUUCAUGGACCCCGAAACAGGAGAUGAUCUCUCUCUCCCUCAAGACAAGCACGGCAACGCUACGCCAUUUAUCAGUGGGAUGGGAAGCCCCAACGACAGGAUACACGCAGUCUAUGACUGGCUGUUCAUAAGGGAUGGGAUGACGUUUCAUUAUCUCAUCAUCACAACAGCGGGGGGACGCCUCUUGCUUGUGACCCCAAAGAAGGAAGAAAGCCGUGACGCCGAGGGUAACAGGAGAACGAGGAUACGGUUUUUCACUAAAUACAGACUGAAAGAGCCUGCACCCAUAUACUCCAUUGUCGGGGACAGUGAUAGUAUCAUCUACUGCGCCGGGAAUAUGUUACACUGGGACGUUCUCGAUCCCGUCGAGAAGAAGCUCGUCCGGAAAAAGAGCUAUGAGUUGAAUUCUCCCGCGACUUCGCUGCGGAUAGUCAACGGCAAAAUAUCGGCGCUGACUCUGAGCGACUCGGUAGUGGUCAUUGACCACACAUCAGAACACGAACACGGCGACAUGAAACAGAUCCAUGCGGACCAGGUCACGCGGAAAUCCAGUCACUUCUUCGAUGUCGGGGAUGAUACAGACGAACAGCUAGCCUGGCCAGUGACUUUGCUCACUGGUAUAGACCGGUACUUUACGGCAGUGUGGACUCCUUGGAAAGAGCCUCAAAGAGAGUUGGAACUUGUCGCAGAGGGGCCACUCCCGGCCAGUGUCAGGAAACUCCAACGGGGCCAUGUGCGACCGGAAUGGGUUGCAACGGAACAUAUGCCAAAAUACGGCAGCAUACCCAGCACGGUCGACGGGGCCGAGGUGCUCGGGGUCUGCCUGGACGGGUCGUUGUUGCACUUCAGCCUUGUCAACGUUCAAGCAUGGCGAUUCCUUCGCCUAGUCGAGAACCUGGCCUUGAGAAGCCGACGCCUAUUUCCGUACAGCUACAAAGUCUCGGUUCAGGACGCUGAGGAAUAUGACGCGGAGGCAAAGGAGACGCCCAAGUCGAUGAAGCACAUCGACGGAGACCUGCUCCAGCGGUGCGUCGACUAUCGGGCGCUGGAGAAGAUGGUAUCGGAAGACAGCGAUAUUGACCUGUUGCGGGAGUAUCUGGACGACCUGGAUGACGGAAAAUGGACGGCAUCGUUCCAGGACACCAACGACAUCACAAGGUAUUUUGAGCUGGCCUACGACAUCUUAGACUACUAUCUGGCUCCUGUUAUUUGAGCCAUCGUAUUAAACACGGUCGUCCAAGGGGAAAGGUGUAUUGCCCCCUAUCCUACGGGGAAUCCUCGCCAGGAGCGUCGGGGUGAGAGUCAUUGGACGAAGAGUCA